UAAAAAUACAUUUAAAAUUUAAUUUAAACAGAAACAUUUGCAUUUCAUACAUAAAAUUUUAUGAAUAGAACCCCCAGAGUGAAUGUUAUUGGUAUAAACAACGAAAGAUGUAAUAUAGACAUAGGGCUAGAAGAUAUAAUAAAGAGGUAUAAAGAGAUAAGAGACAAUACUAGUGGAGAAACUGAUGUGGCAAAAAUGGGAGAGUACCAAAUACUUGACUAUAUAUUCAAUAGAUCCAUUUCAGUUGCUUCUAAAUCAACUUCAGUUACAGGCCCAAAUGAUCUUAAGCAGAUAUUAAUGGCAUUACUGUUUGAAUCCAUCAUUAAUAAUGAAUUAAAUAAUGAGAAUAUUGCAAAUGUAAGAAAUAUAUUUUUCAAAAGAUUUGAGAAUGCAGAAAAUUCCUCUGCAGAAGAGAAAGAAAAUAUUAUUAGAACAAAUCUAGAGACACGCCAGUAUAAGCCCCAAGAGAAUAAUUACCGUCCAAAUCUUCUAGAACAAUUAUUUAAGGAUAUAAAUCAAUUUUUAUAUUACUAUAAUGCAAAUAAUAAUAGGAUUAGUGGCUAUAGAGAGUUUGUCAUAGAUCAUAUAAACAACUAUAUAACAUACCUUUAUAUUGCAGAUAGCUAUGAACUAAAACAGUCUCUACGAGGUGUGCUUGAAGGGUAUGAAAACAAUGAAGAUACAGAAGAAACCAGUGAAAAUGGAUUAUAUACGCUUGAAGAACUGUACAAAAAUUCCAUUAAUGGAGUGAGUUUCGUAGAAAUAGGGUUAAAUCUUAUAUUUAUGUAUAGGGAUGAAAUUAAAAAAUGCUAUGCAAAUAAAACUCUAAUAACAGGAUUUUCGGGUUAUGAAAAGAAAAUACUAAAAAGCAUUAGAGCCUAUUUAGACCGUAUUAUACAAGAAAGAGCACUGUACUUCAAAGUAAUAACCAUUCACAAUGUGAACAAAUUCAUUCCUCAAUGCGUUAGUAAUGGAUUGUUUUUGAACAAUCUUGAAAUGUGCACACCUGAAAUAGAAAAAGAGAUUGGAAUGGGAACAUCUCUGUAUCUUGUGCUUGGUCUUAGCCAGUUAUCAAUUGAUAAUAAGUCAAUUAUUAUGAAUGAAUUAGCUAAGACACAGGCUCGGAUAGAAGAGUUAGAGAAACAAGAAAAUAAUUAUAAUAAAAUACCAGAAAACACUGAUUGUGACAAUCUUAUAGAUAGAACACAAAAUAGACUAAACAAAAAAGUGAGGAUCAUAAAGAAUUUAAAUAAUUAUUAUGCAAAGGUAAAUGAAUGUCUUAACGCAAUAAGUCUUAUUGAAAUUCUGGAUAAGUCACAGAAAGACUUUAUAAUUGCCCAGGCCCAAACAUAUUUGAGAUACUUUGAUACAAGCAUAAAACUAAAUUCCCCAGAGGAAUUACAUAGACCUAGCAUAUUGAAAGUUCUAAGGAAACUAAAAACACCAGCAAUGGUUAUGGUAAUAGUUAUACUAAUCAUUAUACUUAUAUGGAUGGUUAUUUCCAACCCAAGGAGGAUAACCAAACAAAUUAUAUAAAUAAAUUUAGAAUCACCA